AUUUAAGAACAAGAAUGUUGAAAUUAUAAUGGAAAAAUACAAUCCUUCUAAGGAAGAACUAGCCAGCAUCAUGAAGAAAUCUCCAGACGAUAUGACUGACAUAGAGAAAGAGAUAUGGAAAGUAGAAGUACUCAGAAGUGUAGCUGAGACAACGGUAAAAUGACGAGAAAUAUUAAGCAAUGUUGAGAAAACAAAAGUAAAGCUCAGAGAUACUGAGAAAGUGGGUGCUGAGUUCGAGAAAAAAUGGCAACAUUUUCAGGAUAAAUUUGAUAAAACUUUGGGCACUUCAGCUACAAAACUUGAUUGAAGCGUUAAAAAAUCGAUUGAAGGAGUAUUGAAAUAAACCAAAGAAGAUGUCUCCUGAAGAUGCCAGUGGAUUACUCAAAGAAAAAUAACAAUAUCGUCAUCCUUACAGGUGCUUCUCUCUCUGCUGCCAGCGGUAUCCCCACUUUCAGAGGCAAUGAUGGACUCUGGACCAAGAAAUACAAGUACUGUGAGACGCCUGAAGAACUAGCCACUCUGAAGUUCUUUAAAGCACAUCCUGAAGUGGAGUGGCAGUGAACCCACGAUUUCUACGAGUUGUGCAAGAAUGCUGAGCCCAACGCUGGUCACAAAGCCAUUGUACAGUUCCAAGAACACUGCAAGCUCAAUGGAAAGCAGUGCCACUUGGUCACUCAGAACAUUGACGACCUGCAUGCCAGGCUGAUCCGAGAGUCAGAGAUCCUGAAGCCUACAGUGACAAGCGAAGGAGAACCUGGGUUCGGAUUCACAGACUCUGUGUACGAAAUCCAUGGCAACCUGAGUUACUCAAGGUGUUCCCAAGAGUGCUCAAAAGCAUUGAAGCCAGUACAGGUUCCUGACAAAGAGCUGAGUCUGGAAGACCAGAUACCGAAAUGUGAAGAAUGCAAGAGCAUAAUGAGGCCUCAUAUGUUGUGAUUUGAUGAAUGAUACACUCAAGAACUACACCAAGUCCAGACUAUCAAAAAUAUCAUCAACAGCAAAGUGGAUGCCUUGGUUAUUGUAGGAACUGCUAAUGCUACUACUAUGGCAAACAAACUUGUUAACGAGUGCUUAAGUCGAAAAAUUCUAACUAUCAAUGUAAAUCUUGAGCCCUGUUGUGAUUUCGGUCCUGUAAUAGAAAUUAAAGGAAAACCUGAAGAAAUAUUACCAAAGUUAUUUGGUUCAUUUAAGCCUGAGUCUUUGAAGUCUAAAGUUAAAUGCAAGAAAUUUGUAAAAAAUGUUAAUCCGAAUGGCCUAAAAGAGAAGCAAAAAACUUAUUCAACAGCGCUUAGAGUAAUUGCAUCAGUUAUCAAGGCAGAACAAAUUGGGAAAAGGGAAAAAUGUAGCAUUUAAAGUAUAAUGUGCGGUUAACAAUAUUUUUGAUAAACAAUUGUU